GGCUCCUCGCGGCCAUACUUGUAUUUUUCCCGCAACAAACAAGUCUAAACCGAGAAGCACGUCGGGGACAGCGGCGCCAAAAUGCCUAAACGGGCUUAUCCUUUUGCGGAAACUUUCUCGUCACAAUAUAAGAUACACGUCGGUCAGCGAGAGCUGAAUCAGCACGGCGUCUUUGGGAACAAAUAUCGACAAGAAAUCUACGAAAAGACUAAGAAUUUGCUCUUCAACGGUGCCAAGGCCGUCAUGGGAAAAAUCUGGAAUGUGGAAGGAGAGGAGAGCUGCGCAGAGCCUCAGCCUGCUGGACCAGCUGUGACCCCUGCCUGCAAACACACUCUGCUAAAGGGACAGACAGUAAUUGGACUGGAUGGGAGGCUGACAAGAGCAACCACUGCACAAGGUGCCACAGUGGACCCUGCAGGCUGCUGUGUGUGUCAGAGGAGCUCAGGUUCCAGGACGUCCUGCUCCCAGUGUGAGCGCCUAGCCUGCUCCUCCUGCACCCGCCAGUGCUCCAGCUGCUCCAGCGUCUGCUGCUCUGUCUGCACAGUCGUAGAUUACAGUGGGCAAUAUGAUCAAAUACUGUGCUGCAGUUGCUCAACGUAAAAGGAAGGAGUGAAACAAGGAGGGAUCAGAGGAUUAAGCUUGAACAUGUUAAUUUCCUGUUGAAUUUAUGAAAUGUUGAAACUGCAUUUUAUACCCGAUUUUUUUUUUUAUCUUGAUCCAGAUGUUUACUUGUAUAUAUGUAUUAUAUUGCAAAAAUAUCAAAUAAACUUGAAAGCUUUUGUUUAACCAGU